AUUAUCAAGAUAUCCGGAAAAAUGUUUAAAUGAGAAAGGAAAAGAUGAAGAGUUCGUAGAGGCUAUAUUAAUGCAUGUGGGAGGGUUUAAUAGUAAUGAACGAGACUUGAUUUGGAUAAAAGAUUACCUAAAAACUUUUAAGUGGUCUCGUGAA